GAGCGAGACAGAAGCGCGUUCACGCUCGCAAUCCGUAUACAUUCACACAGAGCUGGGGCCUGGUGUGCUGCAGUUCAUCUGUCAGGGGAACAAGGCAUAUUAAAAUCUAUAUAUUUCUGUAGGGAAAAAAAUAGAUUUCCAACUUAUCUAAGCAAGCGUUAGGCCCCCUCCCCGAAAAGUGACCAAAGCAGCCGUUUACGCGACAUAGCCAUGGCAGAUGCUAGCAGCACCGCAGCAGCAGCCGGAGCCGCAGACUCGAAUAGUGGUGACACCGGGGCUGGGAGCGCUGUGGCGCCUGAGGGAGCGACUGGGGCGGCCGGACCCAAGCCCGGCCUGGAGUCGGUGAAGGGACAAAAUUUUGACGUUGGUCCCCGCUAUACCGACCUGUUGUAUAUCGGGGAGGGGGCCUACGGAAUGGUUUGCUCAGCUCUUGACAACGUGAACAAGGUGCGGGUGGCCAUCAAGAAGAUCAGCCCGUUCGAGCACCAGACAUACUGCCAGCGCACCCUGAGGGAGAUAAAGAUCCUGCUCCGCUUCCGCCAUGAGAACAUCAUCGGCAUCAAUGACAUCCUGAGAGCCCGGAACAUCGAUAACAUGAGGGAUGUCUACAUCGUGCAGGACCUGAUGGAGACCGACCUUUACAAGCUGCUGAAGACCCAGCAGCUCAGCAAUGACCACAUCUGCUACUUCCUCUACCAGAUCCUGAGAGGCCUCAAGUACAUCCACUCAGCCAACGUGCUGCACAGAGACCUCAAGCCCUCCAACCUGCUCAUCAACACCACCUGUGACCUCAAGAUCUGUGAUUUUGGGCUGGCGCGGAUAGCUGACCCAGAGCAUGAUCACACAGGCUUUCUAACAGAGUAUGUGGCCACACGCUGGUACCGUGCUCCUGAGAUCAUGCUCAACUCCAAGGGCUACACCAAGUCUAUUGAUAUCUGGUCAGUGGGCUGCAUCCUGGCGGAGAUGCUCUCCAACAGGCCAAUCUUCCCAGGGAAGCACUACCUGGACCAGCUCAACCAUAUACUGGGCAUCCUGGGCUCCCCUUCUCAGGACGACCUGAAUUGCAUCAUCAACUUGAAGGCCAGGAAUUAUUUGCAGUCCCUGCCCCAGAAACCCAAAAUCCCCUGGAACAAGCUCUUUUCUAAGGCUGAUAACAAGGCUCUGGACUUGUUGGACCGCAUGCUCACCUUCAACCCCAAUAAGCGCAUUACGGUGGAGGAGGCCUUAGCCCACCCUUACCUGGAGCAGUACUAUGACCCCUCUGAUGAGCCGGUUGCUGAGGAACCCUUCACAUUUGACAUGGAGCUGGACGACUUGCCCAAGGAGAGGCUAAAAGAGCUCAUUUAUGAGGAAACCGCACGGUUCCAGGCCAAUUACCAGGGCUCCUGAGAUGCUGGGCCACGGAGGGGAGAGAGCUGUGAAGACGGAUGACAAAUCAGCAAACCGAUUAGAACAAGACUCCGAACCAUAUAAAAAUACACUAAAUUUAAGGCAUACAAAACAACGAUGAAAUGUACAUUUAAAUGGCAAAAUUAUUUUAUAUUUCUGAGGAGGGGAAGCUGUGUAUUAAUUGGGUUCUUGUCUGUUUGUCAUAGCUUUAAUAAUACUGCAGUAAGUUAACCAUAAUUGGUAUUACUAUUGUUUUUUUUUGGUUACUGCUUGGAAUGUUUUUUUUUUUUUUAAUGAGUGGAAUCAUCUCCCCUUCCAGUCCACACGGAUCCACUCCUCUGCUUGUCUCACACUCACUUUUCUUUCUCACUACCUCUCUUGCUUAGUGAGGUGAUAAUGUACUGUUGUAUCCAGCCACAAAAAAUGUGUAUAUUACUGUAUUAACUUCUAUCUCUGUUUCUUGCUAUUGAAAUAUUUUUGAGGGAGCAGAAAGAAGAGAUGGAGCAAAGCGGGACUGAUUUGGUCUGUGUGUAAAUCAUCCUUGAUUCCAUUUGAGUGUAUUGGUAGAGAUGUUUAACAUUACGAAACAACUAUGAGACAAUACUAUGGAGAUUCUAGAAUUUAAAUUUGAGAAUAUAUUGAAUAGUUAUUUUUAUUCUUUGAAGAACACAGCAUUUGAUAUUUUAUGGGCUUUAUAAUGGGGAAAAAAAUUGAAAUAUGUGUGAAAUUACAUAGCUGAAUGCCAGCUUACAGUUCAUUUACUGUACCAAAGUAGGAGUGAGGCAAGGAGAGGAGGAGAAGCAUGUUGAUGCUAAGCUCAGUACUAUUGUAACAAUAACCAUGAGCUAAUUUUUCUGCUCAAUGUGGAUUACAGCAGAAGCUUUGAGUUCGAUUUGUUGAGCUCAGCGGGGAUUCUUUUAUUUUCCCGUUCAUGCCCUACUGGUAAAUGUCAGGAAACUAUUACAGAGCGCUCUUCAUCCCUGUCUCUGCCUCUCUCUGAUUCCACAUUCCCUGUCUUCGGUCUCUCGUCAUCUAUCGCUUCAGCACUUCUUGGUCUUCUUUAUUUUUCCAUUUCAGGGAGGUUUAUUGUUCUGUAAAUAUUCUUUAUACAUUUUUCUGUUUGUUCAGAACAAACUUAAGAUUUAGAAUUUAUGGUUAUGAUGAUAAUGGUUACCAUGAUUUAUGGUUUAAAUGGUUUUAUCGGUUCACUGUAAACUGGCUGUUUUUCUGUUAUUCUGUUCGUGAGUUUGUGUUUUGGACAGAACGUUUCGUGCAUCAUGUGAGAUUUUUGAAAAAUUAAGAUGACUCUGAUCAAAGAAAUUUAUUGUAGAAUUUUAUGCGAGCUAAACUUCCCCUGUGCCCCUCUCCUUUUCCUUCAACCUAUUUUCCUCCUCUUUGACUUUUUUCAUUUUUCACGUACCACUCCCUUGCUUAACCCCCCCCCCCCCCCGUCAGUUGUCAUCACUUAUUACCCUCUAUAUAUCUCACCUGUCAGGCUCUCUCCUUCCCUUAACAUGGCUCCUCUGCAAUGGGCUGCUCUGUCUCUUGUCACCCAGUCAUCUGGGGAAAGUGCACUAUGCUAUGUAAAAAAAAAAAAAAAAAAAAAAAAAAGUCUGCUAAGUAAAUAAAAUGAAUAGAGAGGCAUGGCAUUCUUACACAGUUCAGUCCCAUACAGAAUGCACCAUAGUGUAAUUCACCAAUGUGUUUUCUUGAUUCAAUAUUGUUUCUGAAAGGGCUUACAAUGGGGCCUGUAGUGAAGAAAGUCCAUGUCUUGUCAUUAGGAUUGCCUGCUUUCGACUGAUAUUUCUGCCACUCUGACUACGUGAUGGGCAAAUAAGGCUUCAUGAGCCAUUUAAUGGGUGUGGCUGUCAUGCAUGCGAACUUAUUGACUGGAAUUGAAGUAUAAUCAAAGUGCUUUGCUCUCUACAAAGUUGAAAUAGAGUUGUUUACAGUGCCUCUGCCCACUAAAUACCUGAUGAAACCUUAUGAGACCUAUCGCUAAACUUGCCUAACUUUUGAUAUUUGUAUCCUUUAGUUUUAGUUUCUCUACUAAAUCAGGGAGGACUGACCAUAAGUAUGGGAUACUGUAUAUCUGUAAGUGCUUUUUGUCAACGGUGAUAUAAACAUGUCAGUCAGGUGACAGAAACGCAACUGUUAACCACUCAAUUGGCACAGCGGCACUUUUUUAAGCAGUUGUUCAGCGAAAAGUCAUUUUACGCCUGACUUUUAGGGACGACAGUAGUUACAUCAAAUCAAGCAAAGUAAUCCGCAGGAAAUCUGACCUAACCGCAACCAAGCAAGCUCCUAAAAGAUAAUGGCACUUAACAUCUCUGCUCCAGGCUUUAAGCAGUUGUUACUUUUCUGUCAUGUCUUAAAAGGGCACAUGUUCAGCCAAGAGAAAAACCAAAUUCAAAAUUGACUGGACACCCAGUUCAGAAGAUGCCAACAUUAGAAAUGGAAGUGUGGUUUGCAGUUCACGCCUGCCGUCCUUAAGAUGGUGCUUUACCUCUGGUAGACCCUGGAUGAAUGUGUUCCCAUGACAGAAAAGCAACGAUGAAUUUAAUGAUGAACAAUGUUUAACAGGAAUAUAAAAAAAGGUGAAUAACAUUCUGAAACAAAUGGGAC